UUGUUUAGGCCGGUUGAGUCCUGAACCGUCCGAACCCUUUCCAUCUUCCGUAACUGUAACUUUCGUUCCUCCCUUCAAUUCUGGCAAUCUCAGAAGAGUUUCACGUCAGAUGCCCCGGAUCUCAUAACCCUAACCCUCGAAACUCUAGAAUCUCCUCCAAUCUUAAAAAAAUUUCAAUACUCCACCUUACCUCACCAGAUCUGGGCGAUAUCGGGAUCUGUUACUUUGAUCGUUCCGGCAAUGGAUUUCAUGAAGGUCUUGGAUCAAACUGUCCGCGAGAUAAAGAGAGAGGUUAAUCUUAAAGUGCUGAAGGUGCCGGAGACAGAACAAAAGGUUCUUGAUGCAACUAGUGAUGAGCCUUGGGGUCCUCAUGGAUCUGCUCUUUCGGAGAUCGCUCAGGCCACCAAAAAAUUCACCGAAUGCCAGAUGAUUAUGAAUGUACUUUGGACGAGAUUGUCAGAUACUGGUUCCAAAUGGCGUCAUGUGUACAAGGCAUUGGCCGUUAUUGAGUACUUGAUCGCAAAUGGAUCAGAACGUGCAGUUGAUGACAUUCUCGAGCAUACUUUUCAAAUUUCAGCACUUUCAGGAUUUGAGUAUGUUGAACCUAAUGGAAAGGAUGUCGGGAUCAAUGUGAGAAAGAAGGCGGAAACCAUUUUAGCUCUUUUGAAUGAUAAAGAAAAAAUACAAGCAGUCAGAGAGAAAGCUGCUGCAACCCGUGAUAAGUAUUUUGGACUGUCUUCAACGGGAAUAACAUAUAAAUCAAGCGGGGCCUCAUACAGCAGUGGUGGCUUUAGUGAUCGUUAUGGAAGCCUAAGUGGUUCAAGGGAUGAUGACACUUUUAGAGAUAAUUACAGAGACAGUGAAUUGCAUAAAAGUGCGGCAAAUAAAAAUGAAGUGAGCAAAUCAAAGAAGCCAGUAGCACAUCAAACCCGGGAUCAAGAUUCUUCCCAAUCUAACUCAAGGUCAUCAACUAAGCCAGGCCUCACUCCACCUCCUAAAAGCGCAAGUGUUCAAGCAAGUAGUAGUGAGGAUGAUUUUGAUGACUUUGACCCACGUGGAUCUUCUAAAACUGGAUCAACGAAUACGAGUCCUAGCCAGGUGGAUCUAUUUGGACAAAGCUUAGCGGGCAACUUUAUGGAUGAACCAGUUUCUCUUCCAACAGAAACAACCACGCAUGGCAAUCCUGCAACAACUGAAGUUGAUCUUUUUGCUGAUGCAACUUUUCAGUCAGCCUCACCUCAAGCUGGAGCAACAGCAACUUGUCAUACUCAGGGCAGCACUGAUCUCUUUGCCAGUCAACCUGCCAUUCCUGCCGCAUUUCCUUCAAAUAAUGUGGAUUUUUUUGCGGCACCAGAUCCAGGCUUACCUACUGAAACAAAGUCUCCCAUUUCCGAGCCUGCAAGCAACAAAAUCUUUGAUCCUUUUGCUGCCAUUCCAUUAAACAAUUUUGAGAGUUCUGACCCAUUUGGUGCCUUUACUUCUCAUAGUGAACCAGCAGCGACAAAACCUUCACAACAAUCUACAACCAGCAGUCUGAACAAGCUGGAUGAGACCUUUGGUGCCUUUACCUCUUAUACUGAAGUAGCAACUACAGAACCUUCACAGCAUUCUACAAAUAACAGCCUCAACAACCUGGACCAGACCUCUUUGACAGCUUCCAAGCCUGCUGCCAAGAAGGAUACUUUUCAGGUCAAGUCUGGGAUAUGGGCUGAUUCAUUGAGCCGUGGAUUGAUUGAUCUGAAUAUAACUGCCCCCAAGAAGGUGAAUCUAGCAGAUAUUGGGAUUGUUGGGGGGCUUAGUGAUGGGUCUGAUGAGAAGGAAAAGGGACUACCAACUUCAGCGUACAUGGGGAGAGCCAUGGGCACGGGAACUGGUCUCGGUAGGUCCGGGUUUCCCUCUUCAACUGCAAUGGGGGGAAGUGGGAACUUCUAAACCCUUGGCCAACAGCAGCUUGGAAGCGUCAAGUGAUAUCACUUCUAAAUUUUUUUGAUAUUCUUUUCUCCAGCCAAGAGUUAUUUCUGCAAGAAUUUGCACUAAUUUUAUUUGCUGUACAUUGCAUGUUAUUUGUUUCGCUCUACAAUGUUGUUCUUGUCACGUGGUCAUGUAUAAAGAAGACUUUAUGUCAAACUGUUGCUUGUUGAUUCUUCGUCUGCCCAACUCACGAUUUGCAGCUGAAGGCUGAAG